AUGGCUAGUGUUUCUAUGGCUAUGCGACUGACUUCUGCAAGCCAGAAUAGGCUGCUCCAGAGGCCAACCUCUGAAGCCUUUUUCCAGCCACUGCAAGUGAAGCCAUCAAAGAAGGCUGUGGCAGUGAAGCCGAAGUCCAGGGGCAGUCGGCUUGAAGUGAAGGCUUCUCUCAAAGAGAAGGCAAUCACAGGUCUGACAGCCGCCGCAUUGACAGCUUCCAUGGUGCUGCCUGAGGCGGCUGAAGCAGCCUCCGGCGUCUCCCCAUCUCUCAAGAACUUCCUGCUCAGCAUUGUGGCCGGCGGCGUCGUCCUUGGUGCAAUCGUCGGAGCUGUUAUCGGCGUCGCCAACUUCGAUCCCGUCAAGCGAACCUGAGAAGAUGAAUCCCGAAUUUCUGUGAAUUUUCUUCUUUCUCUCUCUCAUCUUGUCAUUGGUUUCUGUUGCCUAAUUUAGCAAUCUGCAAAACUUUUACCCAUAUGUAUAUGGAUCUCAUGAUUUGAAUUCAAAGACUCGUUGUUCUUAGAA